UUCACUUUCACACGCUUGAUAACACGAAGUAUGGCCACCGCUGUCGCCCCACUCACGCUCUACACUAACAAGGGCUGCCCAUACGCCCAACGUGCCGUCAUCGCACUCAAGGAAACCAAGAUCCCGUAUGACGCAGUUGAGAUCGACCUGCAGAACAAGCCUGUCUGGUAUCAACCGAACAUCAACCCUGCUUCCAAAGUCCCCGCAAUCGUGUACGGCGCCACUCAGGCGGACAAGACCGUCGCCCCGCCAAACACGACCAAGCUAGCGGAAUCCCUCGUCCUAGUCGAGUUCUUCGCCGACCUUGUCCCUUCCUCCCACCUGCUGCCGUCCGACCCUGUCGAGCGCGCCAAAGCAAGGUUCUUCAUCACCCUCGUCGGGGACAAGUUCAACCCCGCUUGGCAGGGGCUUGCCGCCAAAGGUGAGGGGGAAGAAGCCGUGCUCGCAGCAGUGAAGCAGAUUGCUGGGGAGCUGGACCCCCAAGGUCCUUAUGCGCUGGGCAAGGAAUGGACCAUCGCUGAUACCGCUAUCGCCCCUUUUGUGGGGAGGCUGUAUCUGAUCGCGAAGGAGGAUAUAGGUGCUUGGGAGGCUGGAACUGGACCCAAGCUCUUGCAGCAGCUUGAACAGGUGCCGCAUUGGGAUCGGUAUGCCAAGGCGCUCCUUGCCAGGGAUAGUUACAAAGAGUCAUUCCCUACCGAAUACCUCUCAGAAAGGCUCAAGGAGAGGUUUGCCGCUCAGCGCAAGUGAGGCCUCUUCUUUACUGUAUCCCUCUCUGCUCAGUCCCAUAGUCCCGAGCUCGUCUGUAACCGCGUCCUCGUGUGAAGCGCUGUAUCCCUGUCUGAGAUAUGAAUAAAAGAAGUGAUGCAUUGCUAGCCUACUUCAUACAGAUCCCCGUCAGGGGGUGGGCCACAUCGUGUCGUGGAAGAUCAUAGACUACAUGGAGGUGCAUUCGGAGUUGUUGAUUCCUUGAGUUUGGGAGGAGUUGGGUGGGGAUGAAGAUAAAAAGGUCGUGGGAUAGGAUAGUGUAGGCAUGAGUCCGUUGUCGUAAGGUGACCACGCCGGGUCAUUUUUGGGUAUCAUGUGCUUUGCCGGCUACGCUAGUAAGCGCCCAAG